GUUGCUGCAGAGGAUGUUCAAGUGCUGAAUGCGGUAAGAUUGAAGUUGCCCUUCUUGGUAACGACUGCAGAUGAUGCAAAAGAUUCAGCUAAAGAGGAAAUCAGAUUGCGAUAUCGAUGCCUUGAUUUACGCCGUCCGCAGAUGAGCUCAAAUAUAAUCUUGCGCCAUAGAGUAGUGAAGCUUCUUCGAAGAUACCUAGAAGAUGUGCAUGAUUUUGUUGAGAUUGAGACACCAAUACUAUCUAGAUCUACUCCUGAAGGUGCUCGUGAUUAUUUGGUUCCUUCAAGAGUUCAGCCAGGAACAUUUUAUGCACUACCCCAGAGUCCGCAGCUGUUCAAGCAAAUGCUGAUGGUCUCCGGAUUUGAUAAAUACUAUCAAAUAGCAAGGUGCUUUAGGGAUGAAGAUUUGAGAGCUGACAGACAACCCGAGUUUACGCAGCUAGAUAUGGAAAUGGCUUUCACUUCCAUGGAGGACAUGCUGAAGCUCAAUGAGAAUAUGAUUAGAAAGGUCUUUCAGGAAAUCCAAGGUGUCCAACUGCCAAACCCUUUUCCAAGGCUUACAUACGCUGAAGCAAUGAGUCGAUAUGGUUCAGACAGACCAGAUACUCGUUUUGAUGUUGAAUUGCGAAAUGUGUCUGGCAUUUUCUCCAAUACCACAUUCAAGGUUUUCUCAGAUGCCCUAGCAAGUGGAGGAAUUAUCAAGGCCAUAUGUGUGACUUCUGGGACAAAAACUUAUUCAAAUACUGCUUUGAAGAAAGGUGACAUUUACAAAGCAGCAAUCAAAUCUGGAGCACAGGGUUUGCCCUUUUUAAAGGUCUUGAGUGAUGGGAACAUUGAAGGGAUUCCGCCGCUGGUUUCUAGUUUGGAUACAGCAAAGAAAGAGGAAUUGCUGAAUCAGUUCUCCGCGGUACCAGAUGAUCUUAUCUUGUUUGCUGCUGGUCACCAUGCAGAAGUCAAUAAAACAUUGGAUCGUCUGAGAACAUAUGUUGCUCAUGAGCUGGGUUUAAUUGACAAUUGCAGGCAUUCAAUACUUUGGGUGACUGACUUUCCAAUGUUUGAGUGGAAUGACUCGGAACAGAGACUUGAGGCCUUGCAUCAUCCUUUCACUGCACCUAACCCAGAAGAUAUAAAUGACCUCUCUUCUGCCCGUGCCUUGGCUUAUGACAUGGUUUACAAUGGUGUUGAGAUUGGCGGAGGAAGCUUGAGAAUUUACAAGCGUGACGUCCAAGAGAAGGUUCUCGAUAUUGUUGGCAUUUCCCGAGAACAGGCUGAAGCAAAAUUUGGCUAUCUUUUGGAGGCUCUGGACAUGGGUGCUCCACCACACGGAGGAAUUGCUUAUGGCUUGGAUAGAUUGGUGAUGCUCUUGGCAGGAUCUAAUUCCAUCAGGGAUGUCAUAGCUUUUCCGAAGACAACAACUGCUCAAUGUGCCCUUACUCAUUCACCAUCAGAAGUUGAUCCACAACAGCUUGGAGAUCUUUCAUUGCAGAAGAUGUACCUUCCAGAUUGAUUUUGGCAAGUAUUAUGUACUGGAAAAAUGGGGAAAAGCACAAAUGGAAACGGUAGAUUAUCUGGGGGUAGGUGUAAAGUUGGAGAUGUUACAGAAAUCCUGGGAUCAUUUCCCAUGGAGAUCGCUAUGUUAAAGAAAUUAGAGAAGACGCCCUUGUUCCCACAUAGUUAUUUUGAAAUAUUGAUCUUGUAGCACCAAAUUUAUAAGGUUCCAGUUUUGCCUUUGGUGAGAGUGAAGAGAUGUUUUUAACUUGUGAAUUUCUGAAUGCUUCAAGUUUUCUGGACAUGAUGAGGGAAGGAUUCUUUUUAGUGAACUCGACUUUCAUUCUUACUAAUGUUAGAUAAAUGUUCGAGCUCUGGUAAA